GCCCCAGAGUGCAGGCGCGCUUGGGAACUGACAGUACGCCGGCAGUGAGGAUCCCUGGGUGCCAGUGUAGCAGGUGUCUCCUGGUGGCGUGAGCCCGCCGCGGGUGUAAAUGGGCGCGAGAACUGAGUGCCAUAGGAGUGGGGCGGCCGAGCGAGGCCGUGGGAGGAGGCCAGGCUCUCGGGGUCUGAGAUUGCGCUCUGGAGCGGAAGGAGCGCGUGGCCCGGGCAGCGGCGUUCUGGGCCCUGUCGUCCGUCCAGAUUUGUUGUUGGUCCUGCUCGGGGCCCUGCGGUCUGAGGACCUCUCCGUGCCCAGCGGGGAUGCCCCGUGUCAUCCAGGCGGCCCAGAGUUUGCCCCCUUCCCUGAACCAUCCGGAGGACCGCAGGGCUGCGCCAGGAAGGCAGAAAUUUGGACCUAGAGGGAGGACGCCGCCCCUUAGCCCCCGCUAUGGAGACCACAGCAUCAGCUGUCACUUCUCAGGAGCCUGCUCCAGAGAGAUACCCAGGAGAAAAGGGAACAACUAGUUCAUUCCUAAAAGCCAGGCCCCAGGGCCUGAUAACCUUCGAGGAUGUAGCUGUGGAAUUCACCCAGUGGGAGUGGGGGCAGCUGGUGCCUGCACAGAAGGACCUGUACAGGGAGGUGAUGCUGGAGAACAUCAGGAACCUGGUCUCCCUGGGGCUUCCAGUUUCCAAACCAUAUGUAAUCUGGCAGUGGGAGGAUAGGGAAAAGCCCUGUGUGUCAGAGAGAGAAAUUUCAAUGGGACCCCAUCCAGACUGGAAAAGAAGACCUAAAGCAAAGGAAUCAUUGUCAAGUCAAGGAAUUUUCAAAGAAUUAUUCCAGAUAGCAUCAGUGGAAAAACACAUUCAAGAUGUCCUGUGGUCCUCCAAACUGAAGACAACCUGUGGUUGUGAUGAUUCUAGGUCAGAGAUUCAACAGAUAAUACAGAGAAAUUGGAAAGAAAUCUCACCCACUCACAAAUCCACCACCCCUAGCAAAGAUCAUGAAUGCAGUGAAUUUGGGGGUUUAGGUUGCAGACCAGUCUGUAAGCCUAAACUUAACCAACACAGUGUUCCCACAGGAGAAGAAAUCUAUAAGCAUGAUAUAGAAUUCAAACAAAUUUCAGAUAGAAGUAACUCUCGGAGAACCUGCCCAGGGAAGAAAUAUUGUACAUGUAACGAAUGUGGGAAGUCCUUCCAUUUCCAGUCAGAACUGAGGCGCCAUCAGAGAUGUCACACUGGAGAAAAGCCUUAUAAAUGCACUGAAUGUGGGAGAGCCUUUGGCCAUAUUUCAUCCCUUAUUAAACAUCAGAGAAUUCACACUGGAGAAAAGCCUUACGAGUGUAGUGAAUGUGGGAGAGCAUUCACCCAGAGUUCAUCUCUUGUUUUACAUUAUAGAUUCCAUACUGGAGAGAAACCCUACAAAUGUAAUGAAUUUGGACGUGCCUUUGGUCAUACUUCCUCCCUUAUUAAACACCAGCGAACUCAUACUGGAGAAAAGCCCUAUGAAUGCAGAGAAUGUGGGAGAACCUUCAGCCAGAGUUCAUCUCUCAUUGUGCAUUACAGAUUUCAUACUGGAGAGAAACCCUACAAAUGUAAUAAAUGUGGGAGAGCCUUCAGUCAGAGUUCAUCUGUCACUCAACAUUAUAGGUUUCACACAGGAGAGAAACCCUACAAAUGUAAAGAAUAUGGAAGGGCCUUUGCUCAUACUGCAUCCCUUAUUAAACAUCAAAAAAGUCAUGCUGGAAAAAAAAUCCCUAUGAACUCAGCAGAUGUAGGAAGGCUUUCAGCUGGAGUACACACAAUACCACACCUCAGAGAUUUAUGCUGAAGAGAGAAACUGGAAAUGUACCAUAAGUGGGAAGACCUUUGAUAGGAAGACACAUCUUAUUUAACGUCAAAUACUAAAAAGAUGUCCUUUUAGCCACACCCCUUCUCUUACCAAACACUGGCGAAUUCAUACCAGUGAUAAACCUUGUGACUAUAAUGGAUGUGGAAAAAGUUCAGCUGGAAGACAUGUCCAACCAUCAAACACCUUACCGUGGGGAGAAGCCUUACCACUGUAAUGACUGAAGUAUAUCCUUUGUCACAUACUGUUUCUUUAAAAAAAAAAAACAUAGCUAACCUUGGAGAGGAAUUCUGUAAAUGUGGUUAAGUAUGGAGAAAUCCUCAGUAGUACUUCUUCCCUUAGUGAGCAUCAAGAGCAUAUACUAGAGAGAAGCCCAAUGAAAGGAGUAAACAUGGGUAGGCCACUAGCUCACCCAUUUAAAAGUCAGAAUUCAUACUUGAGCGAAACCCUCUUUGAGUGUAUUGAAUGUGGAACACCUUCAGCCAGACCUCAGCCCUUUGUAACCCUCAGAGAACUCGCACUACCAAUUAUAUUCUCCAGGAGUGCCAUGCAUGUGGAGAAGACUGUGUGGAUGUUCCAUUCUUUUGCACAGAAUUUGUACUAGAGCAACUCUUCAGAUUUGGUAAAACUGGGAAGACCCACUAGUGUAGUUGAGGCCUUAGAAGUCUUCAUCUCAAAGAGAAACCCUAGGAACUUGAAUGUGAGAAAAGUUCCUUUCAGACUUGUGAUUCAUGAAACUGGAGAUGAAAGGAAGCUGAGAAGUCAUCUUUUCUGGUGAUUUUGUACCUGAUGGGGGCCAUUUGUAUGUCUGCACUUGUGCUCUGCCUCCCUUUUCAGUUACUCCUUGGGGCAAGGUGGUACUGGUAGAUAAGGAGGAUGGAAGCUGGGCAAGGUGGAGAGCCACCAGUGAUCUAGCCCAAAUUUAUGUAAAAUGCUUUGGUUUGUGAGCAUAAUUCAUUCUGGAAACAUGCUAAUAAUCCACACUACUUGUGGAUUAUCAAAGCAAAUUUCCCCAUAAGAAAUAAUGGAAAUUCAGAUGAUUCAAUCCACAACCCAAAGAUAUUCAUAUAAAAAUUAAUACAAUACUGUAGUACAAUAUAAAAUAAUAAUACAAAAUAUAAAGAAAAAUAAAUUAACCUGCACUUACCUAUGAAAUCUUCAUGGCGGGUGGGAGGGAGACAAGAGAGGAGAGUUAUUAUGUAGAAUGACUUUCAGUAUCAUGAAUGGAAUCCUAUUUAUUGGCUCAGUGGAAUCUUUCUCUUCAUGCAACUUUAACAAGAAACUAUCAUGUACCUGUACAUGAUACAUCACACCUCUUUUUCCCAUUACCCCUCUCCCAUCCCUAUGUUCAAAAACUUUGUUUCCAUUUUUUCUAUUUUUGCUUUUUUUUCUUGUCCCCUUCUCCCUCUCUCCUCCCUUGUUCACCUUCCCAUUUGA